UAACUGAAAUUAUAGAUGAGUGGAGUAGAUUAGAGAAGGAGGACGGAGUCCUCAUGGUGCUGGGCCUAUAUUAAGGGAAGAGAGAGAGAAAAAGAGAGAGGAUAGUAAGGGUGAUGAAAGAGUUCUUAGUACAGGCGUGGAGGAAACGUAACAUGAUACAUGUAUAGUUUUGUUCCCUGUGUUGUGCUCGCCGCUCUCCUCUUCAGGUAAUGGACGGACCAGAGCGUAACACUUAAGGAAAGGAGGACCUAGCAAGCGAUAGAAAGCGAAAGAGAUCACAAGAAGAUAGGAUUCUCAGAACUUUCCCUUCUACUGUGAUCGCUUAAUAUAAAACAGCAACACUUGAAAGGCGCUCCUAAUCUGAACCUCAAGCUCCUUGCAGCAGGAAUUUUCGUUGUAAAAGCCUCGUUAUUACAGCUGUAAACGAAAAUUGGUUGUCUUUGAACAUCUCUCAGGUUUGUUUACAUCGGGGGUAAAUUUAUAGUUUAAGCCAAUGUCCCCAAUCUCUACCCACGGCCCACGGCGUUAUUAUUAAUUUCCGACAAGUAGUGUAAUCAUUAGAAAUGAUGUGAAUAGUGAGAAGAACAAAAUGAGGUAGGUUAUUACCACGUAUUGUGUAAUGGCUUAAACUAUAAUAAAACCACAUCGGAGAAGACAGCAAACAACCCACCGGCCAUGGUAGUUGCUUUGGUUUGCUUGUUUGAAGCAAUGCAUUAAAAUUAUGCUGUGCAACCACUGGUAUGCAGCGGAGCUCAUGUGAUUUAUCUGUCCAGGUAACCCAAACAAUAACAACCCACCCCCUACAACAGUGACCACUUAUCUUAACAUACUACUCACUGAAAUUACUUAUUUUACCAGUCUAUUUAAAAAAAAGUAAUUAUUAAAAAGUCACGCAGCUCUAUUUCCUUUUUUUUUUUUUUUUCGGCUCCAACCCCCUCAACAAUAUUGGAAAUUGGUGGGAAAGCGAGGUUUUAUAUUCAAGAAAGUCUGAGGAUGGUAAACAUGAUGUUUUGAAAACGGGAAAUCUCUAGCCUAUCUUAAUGGGAUUUUGGGGGCUUUGCCCUCUCUGGAACCCCUCACAAAUCCCAGCCUAAAAUCCCAUUUUAAAAAAACUGUAACAAGCUCAUGUGGUUUAUUGUAAAAUGCAUAUAAAUGACAACUUAAUGUAAUGUAUACUUUAAUAAGUGGUAAAGUCCCUCCACAGCCUCUCAUUGUUUUGUACAUGGACAUCCUUGUUAGCAGGAUCUACAAAAUAUUCUGAGUGAUUAGCAAGCUGGUGGGUCUGAGCCUCCUCACUGAGUGAAGCAUAGGCUUUCCACUUGUCACCAGUUCCAGCUGACUGCCAUGUAAGCCACAGUUACACAUGGUAAUUGGCCAAAAAUAAUCGAUGUAUUGGCUGGAAUCAAAUAAUGUUCAGUGACGUUCUAAUAUAUCGUUAAAAAGACAGCUUUCAUUGGUUGAACAAAGGAGAUACAACUGAGCAUGUGUCAUUCCAUAUUGGAAUACUAACACAUACACACUACUGACUGAGCCAGUGCAAGGUUGAGAGAGAGGAUAUUAAGACAAAUUUUGAAAAUUCAUAUGUGAGAUGUUUAUCAUUUGCAUCACAUGGUGUAACCAUUAGAAAUGCUGCCAGUGUGAUAGUAAGUUCCUUGUGUGUAUUGUGUUAAACUGCACUAGAACCCACUGUGCUCGUAUCUGUUGGUUCUACACAAGGUGUCAAGACACUUAUCCUUCAAUUUUUGACUACCGCUUUGGACCCUUUUCUGGGACUGGCAUCUCGGGCUUUUUUUUUUUUUUUAUUGGAUUUUUUGUUGCCAUUGGCCAAUGUCCCUUCUACAUAAAAAAAAAAAAAGUACAUAACUGAGUCCACUACCAAACCAUUAACAACAUCACUUCCAAGAGAGUGACGUAUGUACCUUCAGACGAGCUACGCCAGUAUUUCACAGACUAACCAAGCCUAACAUGACUUAACCUAACCAAACCUUUAACUAACAUUCUUCCAAAGGAGUGGCAUCCAUGCAGACGAGCUACCCCAGCAUUUCACAAGCAGUUUCCCUUACUAGCUUAACAGAAUAGCCAACCAGGUGGAUAAACCAAACCGAUGAGCAUUGUAUUGACAGAGUCACUAGGAUGCUGCUCAGACUGGCUCAACAGGCUCUUCCUGCACAAAACACAGGUUAUGGUUUAAGAGUUCUGGUUAGAGAAGCAAGGACAGCCAGGAGGCUCAGCAGCAGGGAGCACCACUGCCAUGUCUCACUGGUCCGGGAUGGUGCACUCAACCAUGCACAUUUUGUGAGAAAAAUACACACAACAAGUUUCCUUCAGGCCUCGUCUAGUCAACCCACUCCUGCUGGCCAUGCUGCGACCAGCCAGCAAGUUCCUUGCUGCCUUGGUGGGUCGAGGCUUCAGGAAGUGGUGGCAGGCAUUGCCACGACAUAAGAAGGAAAUUUUCAGGGAUCACUUGCGGCGAAACAUAGUGCGCUAUGCUGUUGGGAGUGGUGUGAUGGGGACAGCAGGCUUUGUGUACUACAACAACCAUGUCACCACCACCCCAUACACUGGCAGAAGCAGGUUUAUGGUCUUCAAGUCAGAGGAACAAUUCUCCAUCUCCAGCCGGCUUUAUGAAAUGGCAAUGAAGGAAUAUGCUGAUGACAUGCUGCAUAAUGAUCAUCCGAUGGUGGAUUGUGUCCGUAGGGUUGGCAAUAGACUGCUGCAGGCCAACCAUGCCAUGCCAGAGAUCUACACAAGGGUAUGGACCGUUUCUGUGGUAGACAACCCUCUCAGGAACUGCUUUGUUUUGCCGACUGGUGAUAUUGUUAUGUUCAGUGGAAUGAUGGAGAUCCUUGAGAAUGAUGAUCAGGUGGCAGCAGUUUUGGCCCAUGAGAUGAGUCACGUCAUUCUGGAACAUGUAGCUGAGCACCUCAGCCGAGACUACCUGCUGGACCUGUUCAUUCUGUUCCCAGUGGCACUCAUCUGGGCAUUCCUCCCCAAUGAUUUACUUGCUGCAGUCUCUCACUGGUUACUGCACUAUGUGGUGGAACUCUUUCUUAGUCUUCCAUACUCCAGGACCUUAGAGUCAGAGGCAGACCACCUGGGUUUGCGUUUGGCUGCCAAGGCCUGCUAUGAUGUGCGGGAGUUCAGUGCAUUUUGGGGUAAGAUGGCUGUCCUGGACAAGAUUAUAGAAAAGAAUAGUGAGGAAAAAGAACCCCCUUUCUGGCUGUCCACUCACCCAAGUAGUGAAGACCGUCGGAAGGAGUUGGAGAAACAGAUGCCUGAAGUUCUUGACCUACGCCGAUUCUGUAAGUGUCCUAAUCUGCCAGUAAAGGAUCCAAGGGAGCGAAUUAAGAAGAUACCACAGUCUAUAGCACCGGAAGACAACCAGAUAUCACCAAAGGCCAUUCCUCCAAAGGAAUUUUCAUUCAUCUCAUCUUCCUCAUGAUCCUUUUCAUUCUCAUAUUUCAUCCCCCUGCGUCACCAGUAUCACAUCUGUACUAUCAUUGUAACAUUACUCUCAUUGGCCAAUAGAGUGGCCACAAAACUAUUGGUUGUUGUAAGAUGUCAAAUCAUGUGCUUCCAAAGAUGAAUAUUUUUAUUCAGUGAUAUCUGGCUGUUCAGUACUGUGGCAGAUUUUCAAAAUGAUCAUGUAGAGCUGUGGUGUGGCUGUCUGACAGGGCCUGCAUGAAAGUUGUAUAAAGAAGCAAGGCUAACUGAGAAAAAAUGGACAGUGAGUGAGGUCUGAAGUGUCUUCAAGGCCUUCUUGAAGAUAACUUGUAAUGUGUGGAUGACUGUGGAAGUCUUAUCAUGAAAGAUGCCCUCAUAGUCCAUCUGUUCUGUCUGACUAGCUGAACAUAUAUUUAAUUAUAGAUAUUCUGUAUAUUUUAUUAAAUAUUCAUUGUGAAC